UCUUGUCACGUGACUUGCAGUGAGCAUGUUUUCAAUAUGGCGAAAUAAUGUUGCUGCUUGUUUCCGUGAUAAAAGAGAAAUAGGAAAAUAUUUUACUACGAGCUCGCGCGUGAUAAGGAAGAUUUUUCAACCCAAAUGGCUUCAGAAAAUACGCGCUAUUGUGAAGAAAACCUUCUUCUAAGGGACCACAAGAAGGAAAAUGACGCCCAGUGUGACAGUGGUAGUGAAGCCACAUCAUCGAGUUUCAGCAGCCAAACCGACGAUUUGGAGCCUGAAUGGUUGGAUGAAAUUCAGAAGAACGGGGAGCUUUUCUACCUGGAGCUGAGUGAAGGUGAAGAGGAGGCCGCUUUGGCCCGGGCUGCUGCUAACCUGUGUGUUAACACCAAUCACGUUCGCUUUAGUGAAAAGGAGGCAGAGAUCAUCACAGAGCAAAAUAGAAAGAAGCCAUGUAGCUCGCGGACAAAGCGCGAAUCUGCCCUUAAGAGGCUAGCCAGGAUCCUGAGGAGAAAACGCCACCAGUCUCAACGCAGAAGAGGAAAAGAUGGGCGCAAAGACAGCUCAUCGCCGCCAGCUUCCAUCCUAAAGAACCAGCCAGGCCACAGGCAGGGAGUGACAGUUCAGCAGCAGCUGAAGGAAGUGUGUGUCUACCUUAACCCCAGACGAUUAGCAGCUUCAUCAGCACCUCUUUGUGACAGCGGAGGGCUGCUGGAAGCCCUGCUGGGAGUGGUGCAUCGCCCAUUUCAGAGCACAAGUCAGGGAGAUCCGGUAGGAGUCCGGCAGGAGGAAUGGCUGACCGUUCAUGGAUUAAUACCAAACAGUCCAGCCAUUAAAUGUGGCCAAAUUUUAAUAGGCGAUGUGCUUGUAGCUGUGGACGAUGUUGAGGUGACCUCGGAGAACAUCGAGAGGGUUCUGUCCUGCAUCCCAGGACCAACGCAGGUGAAGCUGACGUUUGAGACGGUGGCUCCAGUGGCCAGGGACAGCCCUAGUGACUCCUUGUUGGUCCAGAAGAUGAAGGCCUCUCCACCCGUCAGCCAGCUGGUGCGUCUCCUGUGGGGGGAGGACACAGCUGAGCUCCAGAUGUCCAUAGGACACAUCCCUCAUAUUGCCAUGUACCUGUCGCUUAAACUGGACUCUGCAUCUCUACAGGAGGAGGAAGAAAUUUUGUACCAGUACCCUUCGUCCAAAGCAUCCAGCCAGCUGAAAGGAGUAAGGGGCAUCUUCCUCACACUCUGUGACAUGCUGGAGAACGUCACAGGAGGGAGGAUCCUCAGUUCCUCUCUCCUGCUCGGGAAACAUCUGGUUCACGUUGGCUACUGGAAGGAGCCCAACAACCUGCUGGUCAUUGGCCUUCCUGCUGAGAGGGUUCCUCUGCUGUCUCUGCAGACGGUGGUUGGAGAUGUAGUUCGGACAUUAAAAGUGAUGUACGGCUCCUUGGACAGUGCGUUCUGCAAUGAGGACCAUGCUCCCAGGUUGGACCAUUUCUUCUGCCUGUUCUUCCAGCAGCUCAUCCAGCCUACACGUUUAAGGGAAGGAUCCUCGGCACCAUCUCCAGACGUGUCAACGACCCUUUUCCUGGAUGGUUUACCAGCGAUGCAAUGGCUCACUCUGCCGCCAGAAAUCAAGAUGGAGGUGGACACAGUUCUUACUGACUUUGAGUCCUCUGAUUUUGGAGAAAUGUCAGAAGACUUUUUUGGCCUGAGGCGUCUCUAUGUGAUACUCGGUUCCUGUUUGUUUUACAAGUCCUACCUGAUAGCCAACCACCUACCAAAGGAGGACCUGCUGGACGUGUGUCUGUACUGCCAGCAUUACUGCCUGCUGCCGCUGGCGUCAGAGCAGAGAGUGGGUCAGCUAGUCAUCUGGAGACGUGUGUUCCCCCAGCAGAGAGCUAACGCAGAGAUCAGCUUGGCUUCGGGCUUCAACCAGCCACAAGGACAGCGCUUCCUCCUCAUCGUGGGACUGAGACACUUCAUACAGUGUGUUCUGCUGGAAGCAGCUGGUUGUGCUUCUCCCGCUCUGGGCUCUCCAGGACCUGACUGUGUUUAUGUGGAUCAGGUGAAAGCCACGUUAUUGCAGCUGGAGGUGUUGGAGCCAGGCAUAGAGGAGCGUUUAAAUGCCCCGCCCACUCCCUGUCUUUCAUGUGCUGAUUGGUUCCUACCUGCUGUCACGGCCCGUGACCGGCUUGACAGCCUGGCCUCCUCCUCUUCUCCCAUCCUCAGCAAAAUCGCUGGAGCCAUCAAAGGCUCCUCGUCGGGGUCCAGAGGGCGGAGCCUAUUCGGUGAAAAGUCCCGCCGGUCCAGCCCUCAGAGGAGCUUGUCAGACAGCGGGAGUGAGGGGCAGAUGGAUGCUGGGUCAGGGUCUGGAUCGUCCCCGGAACCAGCGAGGAAGCUUGGGGGAAGACGGGACUCUCUGGGUUCUGAUGGGAGUGGAGCCAUCUUUAAGACUCCUAGGAUGAAGCACCCAAACCCGUUCUACCUGGGAACCCUGAAGAAGACCCUGACGGAGCGGGAGACAGAGGAGAUGUACAAUAACAUAAAACUAACAUCGGGUGCAGAAAACACCUUGUUUCACUACGUUCUGAUGGAGAGCGUGCAGGGGAUCUUCAUCGCUCCCACUCACAGAGAAGUGGCACAGCUGAGCGGCUCCAUCCACCCACAGCUCAUCAGGAACUUCCACCACUGCUGCCUCUCCAUACGAGCUGCACUGCAGCAGAGUCUGCCAGCCAGGGGCAGCCGGGGGGCAGACCGGCCUCAGGACGCUGGCUGGGGCCUGGGUCCGGUCAAGGAGCACGGGGUUCUGUUUCAGUGUAAACCGGAGAACUGGACCGACCAGAAGAAACCUGCCCCCACCAUGACUUACUGGGUUAUAGGGAGGAUGCUGCUGGAGCCCGUUCCUCAGGAGUUCUACGUCUGCUUCCACGACUCGGUGCCAGAGGUUCCUGUAGAAAUGGCCUUCAGACUCUCCUUCGGCCUGGCUCUGUGAUGCUUUACUUUUAUUAAAAUGAUGCGAUUUCAGGCUGCCUGAUUUCUGCAGCUGACUGACAGAGGAGUCUUUUUAUUACCAUAAAUGGUCUUUGUUACUCAUUUAUAAUAUUGUACAGUUUUGUAUAAAGAACAGACUCAUUUGCUAUAUAAGUGAACAUUAUUUAACAUUAAAAUGCAACAGUUUCGUAUUGUU